AUGUCUUCACCGAAUGAUAUUACUCUUGCGGAGUUCAACCAAACUUUGGCAAGAUAUCCUACUCUACUCAACAAGUAUGCAAGUGAUGCAAGGGAAGGUGUCACUCCGCUUCAAGAGCUUGAUAGAUAUAGAUAUGUUGAAGCACCAGCAAGAUUUAAAGAUGGAUCACACACUUUUACUAUUGAAGAUAUUACGAAGUUGGUUGACUGGAAGCUUCGACAUGGUGCAUACCGUCCGGGUUUCCUAAAGAAGGUCGGAAAGAACACAGACGAGGCGGUUGAGGCUGCUACUAAAGAUGCUUUCGAUUACUACAAGACCAAUCCCACAGAUAUUGGCACCGUCAUCAACAAGCUCAAGGAGCCAUUGAUGGGAAUUGGACCAGCUACUGCCUCUCUCAUCCUCUCCGUUUAUGAUCCAGAUCAUGUGACAUUCUUCAGUGAUGAGGUCUUCAAAUGGCUCGUCAAUGAUGGCGAGCACAAACCAACCCCAAAAUACAAUGUUGCCGAGUUCGAGAAAGUUCACGCUGCUGCAAAGACCUUGGCAUCUCGUCUCCGUGUCAACCCCCUUCAGAUCGAGAAGGUUGCUUUCGUCAUCAUCAAGGAGUCUGAACCAGUUCUCGUACCAAAGGAGAAGCCAGCUCCAAGUGGCCGUGGUCGAGGUCGUCCACCCAAGCCUGAUAGUGAGAAAAAAGUCAAGGCACCAUCAGGACGUGGACGUGGACGACCUUCCAGCGGUAUCGUCAAGCCCAAACCUACCCCUAGAGUUCCCAAAGCUCCCAAGGAACCAAAGCCUGCCAAGGAACCAAAAGCUGCCAAGGAACCAAAAGCUACUAAAGAACCGAAAGCCGCUAAGGUUCCCAAGUCUCCAAAAGCAAAGGCCCCAGCUGCUGACGUUGAGAAGAAGACUCCUGGUAAAAGAGGAAGACCAGCAAAAGCCGCUCCUGCAGAAGGCACUACUACUGCUACUCCAAGCUCAGGCAAGAGAGGAAGACCUGCAAAGGAUGCUACCGCUACUCCAGGAUCCGCCACCCCUGUUAGCAAGAAGAGAAAGGCAGCCGAUGAUGCUGCUACACCAGUCUCCGCUGGUCGUGGUCGUCCCAAGAAGGUCAAGGCUUGA